CACGAGCUCAGCUGAUAGCUACUCGUGAAGAUCCACGAGGUCGAGGUCAAUAACAAUGGCGCAUAACUGUUGCACGAAGGAGAAGGUGAGGAAAGGGUUGUGGUGCCCAGAAGAAGACGAGAAGCUCUUCAACUUCAUCACAUCCCAUGCGCCUGCUUCUUGGAGCUCUGUUCCCAAGCUCGCAGGUCUGGAAAGGUGUGGGAAGAGCUGCAGGCUGAGGUGGAUGAACUACCUGCGGCCCGAUCUGAAGAAGGAAUGUUUCAGCGUCGAGGAGGAGACGAUGAUCAUCCAUCUCCACAGGAUGCUGGGCAACAGAUGGGCUCAGAUCGCCAGGCAUUUGCCCGGUCGCACCGACAACGAGAUCAAGAACUUUUGGAACUCCUGCGUCAAGAAGAAGCUUAUCUCUCGAGGCUUGGACCCCAACACUCACAAUCUCCUCCCCGCUCCCAAAACAGCCCAUAUUAAUUACUCAUAUCAUCUCAACAAUAACAACUAUAAUAAUCAGUACUGCUCAUCAACAUCUUCUUCUCAUGAAUCCUCACCUUUGGCACUAUUCAGCGUAGCUCCUCCUGAUGAUAUCAAUGUCGACCACGUCCCCUUUAUCCACGGCCACGGCGAUACUCUAGUAAUUAACAACAUAGCCUCCGCCGCCGGGGGAUCAGUCAUGGAGGAAGCCCAGCAAGUAGGAGGGCUACUGGCGGAGUGCUGCAUUUACAGCUCGGACAGGUUGUUAGAUUUCGAUGAUUCCUGGCGUCUCUGUGAUUUCUCCUACUUGGGCUAGUGAUUAAUAUAAUUAAUCCAAACUCAGACACAGGUCAUAGCAACGGGUUACGUUGGUCGACGAUCGAGUAGUAACCAUUCUGCGUAUUCUAAGAUUUGGCGGUUGUUUGCUUGUCCUAGGUUUAUUCUGUCCGGUUUCUGGGAUGAUUGUUCUACUUUUUUUCUUAAUUAAUUAGUAGUGGUGGCGUGUGGGGUAAUUAAGGGAUGUCCCAUGA